AUGGCCUCCAGUGACACUUGGAUAAAUCCUCUCGUUCGAUAUCGAAUAAAUCGAGACUCGCUCAAGCAAGACAUGCCAGAAGAUCCAGAUAUUGAGUUGGGACAGCUUAUUGACAUUGAUACUGAUUUCGGCGCUACCUUGAAGGAUAACAUUAACGUUGUCAACAAUGAUAACUAUCGUAUGGGCAAAAAGAAGGCUGUUUUGGUACUAUCAGAUAAUAAUCCUCCUCUCCGACUUCCGAGACUUUUGAAGAUUCGAGUAUACUGGGCAAGAUUGCUAGGUUGGUGA